UAGAAUACUUGCAUAAUUUAUGCAUUUUUUCCCGCCCUCUCUAUGAUGUUAGUGUCUCAUGGGAUAGCGUUCUUCCGGGUUUGCUAAUACGUUACCACAUAGUCCAGUAGUUCAACAAAUAUGUUGUCACGAUAUCAUGGAAGUUUCGCGAGAGAUAUGUGAUAAAGUGACUUGAUUUUCACCUCUCAAAAAGGACAUUAUCAGAAGAGUUGGUGGUGUUAGACAUUGUACCUGAUGAAUCAAGCUGCCAACAUGAAGUUAACAUUUUUAACUGAGGAAUGGAGUCAGUCAAACAAAGAUGGUUUUUCCAUCCUCAUUAGACAGCUGGCUAUAGAACUGUCUAAACUAGAAAAUGUAGAAAUUGGUAUCUUAAUUCCAAAUGCCAGUACACAGGAUAAAGAAGAUACCAAAAAAUAUAACAUAAAGGUUUUUGAACCAGAAAACCUGACAGGAUUUGAACCAGUUGAUUGUCUGCAGUAUCCUCCAGAAGGAUUUAGUACAGACUUUAUCAUUGGUGUUGGCUACAAGCUUGGACGUUAUGGGGCUGCUAUUCGAAAGAAAUUCCAUUGUCAGUGGAUACAUUUUGUAGUCAGAAAUGCUGAGGAAGAAGCAAUGUUUCAAAAUUACCCAGAAGCCAUUUCUGAAGGGCAGAAAGAACACACAGUGGAAGUGGAAUUGUGUGAAAAGGCUGAUCUGGUUGUAACAGUGGGCCAUAAACUCAAUGAGAGCUUCAAGUCUGCUUUGCGCCAUUGUAAGAAAGAAAUACUCAAUCUCAUACCAGGGAUUUUUGAGGAAUUCAUCGAUGAGAAUCAGGAAUUUCGAGAUUCAAAGAGGUUUGAAAUCUUGGUAUUUGGUAGAGGGAAUACAGAGGACUUUGAACUUAAAGGUCUUCAUGUCGCUGCAGAAGCUGUGGCUCAACUGAAUGCAGAGCAUGACUUGACAACUUACACUCUAAAAGUUGUUGGUGCACCAGAGGGAAAACAAGAGAAAUUAGCUGAGAAGUUAAAAAGUCACAUGAUUUUACCCAGUCAGUUGAUAGUGAGAAGCUUUUACAAAGAAAGAAGAAAAUUGGCUCAGCUAUUUUCAGAAGUGGAUCUUGUUUUGAUGCCCUCAGGAACUGAAGCCUUUGGUCUCUCAGCUUUAGAGGCUUUGUCAGCAGGUGUACCAAUCCUUGUGACCCAUAAUUCAGGUUUGGCAGAAGCACUGGAGAAAGUGCCUUUUGGGUCCACUUGCAUCGUAGAUUCCAAUGCUAACUGGGCAGAUGCUAUUAAGAAAGUAUGGAAAAAUCUGAAAACGCGAUUUCAAGAAGUAGACAUGCUUCGUAACAAGUAUAAAGCUGAGUACAGUUGGAAUGUGCAAUGUGCUGCCCUUGUGGAGAAGUUGAAGAGCAUGUGUCCAGAAUUGGAAAAUAAGUGUGAUUCCCAAGAUGAAAGGGAUUCUUCUCCCCUGCCUCUAAAGCAGCCAAAAGUUCAUUUUGACCAGGAGGAGACCAAGAAGGACGACCACAGGAAAAUGGAACUGAAGGUGGUUUCCUCAGGACAUAGCCCCUCCACAAGUGGAAAAGAUAGGGCAGAAUCAGCAACUGGCGACGAGGAUGGGAUUCCUUUGAUCAAUCACAAGCGGUUAACAGGAGUGGGUCGUACAAAUCACGUCCAAAAGGGACAGACACGACGGGAAAUGCCGGACGAAGCACCGAGCGCUAACACGAGUCAAGCCAUCGGCAAAGUGACAAAGUUUGUGGUGGGGGCGGAUUGGGAGUCCCCCACCGAACAACUGGAUUUUUACUUUCUUGCAAAUGGAAUUAAGGAACCUAAAACGAUGAAGGCCGUACUUUUGACAAAGCUUCCGGUGGAAACUUAG